UAAUGCCCGCCGCGGUACAGCAACACAUCCCAUACAGCUUCUUGGACGACUACUCCGAAGCUGCCCAUCCCGCCCUCCUCUCCGCCCUCCUAACCUCCUCCACAACUCAACAAUCGUCCUACGGGCAAGACACACUUUCCUCCGACGCUCGCCGCCUCCUCCGGCAGCAAAUCAACCUCGAUGACUCCCAGGUAGACAUCCACUUCGUGCCCAGCGGCACAGCCGCCAACCUCAUCUGCAUCGCGGCUUGCCUACGGCCCUACGAAGCGGUCCUCACCCCGGAGACGGGCCACAUCGUCGGGAAAGAGGCCGGCGCGAUUGAGGUCGCGGCGGGCCACAAGACGAUCAUCGUGCCGGGGACAGUGCGCGGCAAGAUGGUUCCCGCGCAGUUGGUGCGCACCGUCCAGCGCAAUCAAUUCUUCCCCCAUGCGGCCAAGCCAAGGCUGGUGUAUAUCUCGAACGCUACCGAGCUUGGGACCGUCUAUUCGAAGAGCGAGCUGCGCGAUCUGUCCGCCGUGUGCAAGCAGCUGGGCCUGCUGCUGAUGAUGGAUGGGGCGCGCAUCGGCGUCGCGGUCGCUUCUGCCGCGCACCCCGAGGAUGAGAGGCCGACGCUGGCGGACAUCGCCGAGUUAACGGAUAUCUUCUGGAUCGGAGGCACCAAGAUGGGGGCCCUUUUGGGCGAAGCGGUCGUCGUGAAAAAGACCCUCCCUUACGCGGACGAUUUCGUCUUCCACGUCAAACAGCACGGGGCUUUGCUGGCCAAGAGCCGUGUCAUGGGGUGUCAGUUUGCGGAACUCUUCCGCGACGGGCUGUAUCUCCAGCUGGCCCGCCAUGCGAAUGAUAUGGCGGCGCGUCUGGCGGAUAAUUUCGUUGAGUUGGGGUACGCUCUGUAUCCGGAUGAUCGGGUUGAGACGAAUCAGGUUUUUGUGCUCCUGCCUGAAGAGCUCAUCCAGGACCUGCAGGAGAGAUUCCAGUUUUAUGUGUGGGAUUCUUUGGAUGACGGCCGGUCCGUCGUGCGCGUUGUGACGUCGUGGGCGACGGAUCCUAUGGAGGUGGACAAGUUUAAUGCAUUUGUACGGCAAUGGACGAUUUGAAGUUUUGCAUACAUCGGAGCGGGCGUUUGGGAUCGGGAUACACAUAGUCA